ACUGCAGCUAGAGCUAGUCGAAAGAAAAUGAAAACCACUAUCCGGCUUUUGCUGCUCUGUGGAUUAAUCUAUUCCGCGAUCGCUGCAUCCGAUGUAUUCCAGAAUAUAAAUAUAGGACCAGGUGACUUUGGCUGGAGCGAUAGUGUUCACAAUUCUGAUGUCGAUAAGCUACUGAAGCGACUGGAGAAGUUGGACAACAGUGACAAUAAUAGAAACAAUUGGGGAAACGAUGACGAGAGAAACUCUGGUUUCGAUACUGAUAGAUUUAGAGAUUCAGAUGAGGACGCUCGCGCAUCCCAAAUAAUUAACUUUGGUUAAGUUUUCGACUCAAACAUGGAUGUGAUUUUGAAAUACUCAAACAUUGUACAAAACUAAUCAAGGCACAAACAAUUAAUAUUCAUGAAAAAAUAAAAAAAUUUUAAUUGAUAACUCAAUCUAAAUAAAUAAAAUAAAAAUA